AUUUUUUAUCACUUCACUCUAACCCCACUUUCACCCCUUUUUUGCUUUGCCUUGUUUUACUUUGAUUUACUUGCUUUGCUUUGCAUCCUUUUUUCUAGUUGCAUCUUUUCAAUAUACUCCAUUUCAUUCAAAAAAAAGUAAAAAAUAAAGAAAUGCACUCAUUGUCAUGGAGCAUUUCGACUACUGUCGUUGCAGUCGCUAUGUUGACUCUUCUCUCUGUCUCAGUCUCGGUCAAUGCACAGGCUGGAAAAGUGUUGAAGCCUCCAAUGGACGAUGCUGACCAUAGCAAUUAUGGAGAUAUGGGCAAAGCAAAGGAGUUCGCAAAGGAACACAUGGGAGAAAGAGGCAAGAACUUGACAGAAAGAGAAGAAUUGAUGAUGUUGUUUUCGAUUCAUGAUACCAAUAAGGAUGGAUACUUGGACGGAAUCGAACUUCGUGCUGCAUUCAGUCAAGCCAGUGACCCUGCUAAAGAGGAUUCGAAUCCUCAACUGGAAUUGGAAAAGAUGAUUGAAAUGAUUGACCAUGUCAUUGCUGAAGAUGAUAUCAACAACGAUGGCAAGAUCUCUUGGGAAGAAUACUUGAUCAGCCAAAAGUAUCAUGAGGGAUGAAAUAGAUACUUUUAUUUGUACAAAUAUAAAAUGGGUCGAAGAAAGACAUAUUCAAAAGAAUAUAUAUAUACAAAACUUUUUUUUUUUCUUUUUUGUCUUUUUCUUCUUCUUCACUUCUUCACAAGAUAAAGAAUCAAGAGUAAAGUACGUUGCCCAAAGGAUCAUACAACGG